CACAGGCACUCUCCAAACACACCAUUUAAACCUCCCUUCUCCUCUCUCUUCCCCCCUUCUCUUUAUUACCAAUGUAAUAACAGCAUAAAGAUCAUAACUUUUAAGCAUUGGACUCAAGAACCACUUUCUUUUCUGCCAAGAACGAAUUGGAUGUUGAUAGGCAAUAUUGAUCUGUUACUUUCUUUGGGGGACUGAGAAACGAUGCCAAGCCAGCUAUGGUCUGCACUGCCAAUGAUUUACAAGAAUGGAAAGAUUUUCCCAAGGGACUCAAGGUUCUUCUCCUUGAGGGAGACAACACUUCUGCUUCUGAGAUAAGAACAAGGCUUGAGGCCAUGGACUAUAAUGUUUCUACAUUCUUCCAUGAGAAUGAAGCCUUGUCAGCAAUCUCAAGUAGGCCCAAAGACUUCCACAUUGCCAUAGUAGAGGUGAGUUCAAGCAGUACCCAGGGAGGUUUCAAAUUUCUUGAGAAUGCCAAGGACUUGCCAACCAUUAUGACUUCAAACAAUGAUUGCCUGAACACCAUGAUGAAGUGUAUAGCGCUUGGCGCAGUUGAGUUCCUUAGGAAACCACUCUCUGAGGACAAGCUCAGAAAUAUCUGGCAACAUGUGGUUCACAAGGCAUUUAAUGCUGGGGCAAGUGUGUCUGAAUCACUAAAGCCUUUCAAAGAAUCUGUAGUGUCCAUGUUGCAGCUCCAAACAGACAAUGAACAACAUGAAAGUAGAAUCUCAAUUGAUUUAGAGAAAGUAUCCGGGUUUACUAAUAAAGACCAUGAGCAGUGUCCUGGAAGUGAUAAAUAUCCAGCUCCUUCAACCCCACAAUUGAAACAGGGGGGAAGAUUACUGGAUGAUGGGGAUUGCCAAGAGCAGACUAAUUGCUCAACUGAAAAAGAAAGUGGGGAACAUGAUGGAGAGUCUAAAUCUGUCGAAACUACAUGUGGAAAUUUGCAUGCUGAAAGUACUCCUCAACAAAGGGAAUCUGAAAAUACUCUGGUUAAGGAGGAAGAGGAUUUUGCUGAUGCUUCUAAGGGUGAGAGUGUGGUUUCUCCACAUCCACAAAAUAGAAAGGCUCUCAGAAACACUGACAGCAAUACAAAAUCUUCAAAUAAAGCCGGUGUUCAUAGUGAUUCAUGUGAGAUAAAAGCUAAUAGGAAGAAGAUGAAAGUAGACUGGACGCCUGACAUGCACAAAAAAUUUGUGAAGGCAGUGGAACAACUAGGCAUUGACCAAGCCAUUCCUUCUAGAAUAUUGGAUCUAAUGAAAGUGGAGGGUUUGACAAGGCAUAAUGUGGCAAGCCAUCUUCAGAAAUAUAGAAUGCAUAAGAGACAAAUAUUGCCCAAGGAAGGAGGUCGGAAAUGGCCAAAUCAAAGAGAUUCAAUGCAAAGAAGCUAUUGUCUUCAAAGACCAAUUAUGGCCUAUCCUCCAUAUCAUUCUAAUCACACACCUUCUCUGGCUCCUGUAUAUCCUAUGUGGGGACAACCUGGCAGUCAAAUGGCUGGCAUGCAGAUUUGGGGCUCUCCUGGUUAUCCCUUGUGGCAGCCUACAGAAAGUUGGCACUGGAAACCAUUUCCGGGGGUGCAUGCAGAUGCAUGGGGCUGCCCGGUUUUACCACCUCCUCAAGCUCCUUGUUUUUCCUACUCUCAGCAGAAUAUGCCUGCAUUGUGCGAUGCUAAUGCAGCGGAUUACAAGUUUAGCAUGCCACUAAGUUCCUUUGAGCAUUAUCCAGCAGAGGAGGUUGUUGACAAUGUUGUGAAGGAGGCAAUAAAUAAGCCAUGGCUACCCUUGCCCUUGGGUCUCAAACCUCCUUCCAUAGAUAGUGUGGUUGCUGAGCUUUCCAGACAAGGAAUUUCCAACAUCCUUCCUGGCAGCAAGGGUUGCUGACAUGUACCAGAGAUGUGUUGCCACCUAAGAUUGGUUCUGAUGGUGACAAACUACAUGACUCCACCAGAUCAAAACACUGUUGCAAUUAUUUUGUUUCUCAAUUUUAUCUGGUUCCAACUAGUAGAUUGGCUGGGAAUAGUUGUUGGGACCACUUUUUUUUGUUUUAUUUUGUCCCCAGCUCAUCACCUACCACUUUGAGGUCUCUCCUAUGCUGUUGAGUGUCGAUUGUCAGGCCAUAAUACCAUAUCAUGAUGCAACAAAACAAGUAGACAUUGUUCCUAUCCAUCGCCACAUGCCAAAACAAACCAUAAAAAAAAUUUGAACAAAGAAGUGCAUGACACCGGUGGGCAACUUGGCUGGUUGAGAAUUGGCCACGCGUUUGUUGAUGCAUUCCACAAAAUUUUGUGGUUGUAAAUAGAUGCUGAUACAUAAACUUGUGAUGGAGAUAUGGUUGU